AUGAGAGGGAGGUCCACCCUCUCAUCUGGUCCACGAGGCCAUACUGGCCUCGUGGACCGCGCACACCCAGUGCUCCCCGACGAGCUCCGCCCUCUCUUCGUCUCCACCGGCUCCGUCGUCCCCUUCCCCCGCUCCUCCGACAUGCCCCCAUCUAACUUCAUGCCCUCCGCCUCCCUCUCCUCCUCCUCCUUGGUCCCGUCUGCCAGCAUGCUCUUGCUCCCGGUGCCGGCCAAGGCGGUGGAGGAGGAGGAGGAGGACGACGAGAGCGGCGACUCGCAGGCCGUUUUUUUUGUGCGAAUGAGGCGAGGCUUCUUGGGGGCAAAGGUAGAGGCGGAGGAGCCGGCGCCGAGGUUGGCGGUGGCGAUAUGCCAUAAAGAUGAGGUUACGGUGCAUAAGAAGCAGCUCAAGCGUGAGCAAUCCUGCCACCACGGUGCCGAGUUCCGCCUCGAGUGCCUCCGCCAAGUCUGCAGCCUCGCCAUUGUCCCCUCCUCCUCUGCCACUGUCAUCGCCGCCGCCACUGUGUCGGAAGAGAUGGCGCCGCCCUUCAAUUCAGGGCACAUCAACCUCUUCGACGGUGUCCUGGACUUCGCAUUCUUUGCUGCCCAGGACGAGAGCAAAAGGCCACUGAGAGAGACUCCAGACAGUCGGAGACCGUCCGUCCGUCUUAAUUCCUUUCUAUCUGACAAACUGCAGCCGGCAGCAGAGAAUUUUGGACAAGGAGAAAACCACCACCACCACCACCACCACCAGCAGCAGCAUCUCCCUCCUCCUCUCCCCGCCGGCGGCGCGACUGCCUCGUGGGCUUUUUUGUGGGAGCCGCAGGACGUGGGCAGCGGGGUGGCGGAGCUGCGGGAGGCGGUGGUGCGCGCGACGGCGGAGCUGGAGUCGACGCGCGCGGCGGCGCAGGAGGAGCUCCGCGUGGCGCAGGGCCGCGCCCUCCACCUCGCCGCCCUCCUCGACUCCACCGCCCGCGAGCGCGACCAGCUCCGCCGCCACUGCCACUCCCUCCUCCUCCUCCUCUCCCACCACCUCCACCACCACCACCACCAAAACCCCUCUCCUCCCCCCACAAUCCCCCCAAACCCUCCUCCUCCUCCUAACCCCUUCCUCGACGACGUUAGCAAUGCGUCGAAUGAGGAAGAGGAGGGCAGCAACAACGGCACCUCCCCUCCUCCUCCUCCUCCUCCUCCGGCGGCGGCGGCGCUCGAGGCGGAGGUGGAGGCGGCGGCGGCGAGGAGGGGGCUGCCGGAGAAGGGUCGGCUGGUGGAGGCGGUGGUCGCGGCGGGCCCGCUGCUGCAGACCCUCCUCCUCGCCGGCCCGCUCCCCCGCUGGCGCCACCCCCCGCCCCCCUUGCUCGCCUUCGAAAUCCCCCCCGUCGCCGCCUCCCUCAACCCCAGCCCCGACACCAACAACGCCAUCAACAACACCAACAACACCAUCAACAUCAACAUCUCCGACCCCGACGCCACGCCCGCACCUCCUCUUCUGGUGAUGGCGUCGGCCUCGUCCUCGCCGGAGAGCAACGGGUGCGAAUUGCAGCACUGGUACCAUCAUACCACCAGUAACAACAACAACAACAACAACAACACCAACAACAACAACAAUAUGAACAGUAAUAGUACUAAUCAUAAGUUGAAUUCGUUUUUCCUCUGAAUCUUUGCUGUUGAGAUUUUAAUUUACACUAGCCUAGCCGGUGUGUUCCUUGUCUUUGUUGAUCACUCACUUACUUUCCUCUUCGAUGGGAUUUAAUUUGUCUGCGUAAUAAAAUAUGUGUAUAUAUAUAUAUAUAUAUCUGGAGAGCGAUAUGUUAUUAGAUAUGCAGCGUUUAUAUUUUUUAUUUUGUUUUUGUGGAGCAGAGAGUGUUGUAAAUUAAAUUGUAAAUUUUCUAUUGGUUGCAUGGAGUUGGUAAUUGUAAUAAUC